AUGGAAGCCAAAGUUUCAGAAGGGGGUCUGAAUGUUACUCUGACCAUACGGCUCUUGAUGCACGGCAAGGAAGUUGGAAGUAUCAUUGGAAAGAAAGGUGAAACUGUCAAAAAAAUGCGGGAAGAGAGUGGUGCUCGUAUUAACAUUUCUGAGGGAAACUGCCCAGAACGAAUUGUUACAAUUACUGGGCCCACGGAUGCCAUCUUUAAAGCUUUUGCUAUGAUUGCUUAUAAGUUUGAAGAGGAUAUUAUAAAUUCAAUGAGUAACAGCACUGCCACUAGCAAACCUCCGGUUACUCUUAGGCUUGUGGUGCCGGCAAGUCAGUGUGGUUCCUUAAUUGGCAAAGGAGGUUCCAAAAUCAAAGAGAUCAGAGAGUCUACAGGAGCACAAGUUCAGGUGGCUGGAGAUAUGUUGCCCAAUUCCACUGAGAGGGCAGUGACCAUCUCAGGGACCCCUGAUGCCAUCAUACAAUGUGUGAAGCAAAUAUGUGUAGUGAUGCUGGAGUCCCCACCAAAAGGUGCAACCAUCCCUUACCGUCCAAAACCCACCUCCGCCCCUGUCAUUUUUGCAGGUGGUCAGGUAAGAGCGGACCCACUAGGUGCCUCCACUGCCAACCUCAGCCUAUUGCUGCAGCACCAGCCUCUGCCCGCCUAUUCCAUUCAAGGACAGUAUGCCAUUCCUCACCCAGAUUUGACCAAGCUCCACCAGUUGGCCAUGCAGCAAACCCCCUUUACUCCCCUUGGACAGACCACCCCUGCUUUCCCUGGUAUGGAUGCCAGUGCCCAGGCAAGUACUCACGAACUCACCAUACCCAAUGAUCUAAUAGGCUGCAUCAUUGGCCGCCAAGGGAGCAAAAUCAAUGAAAUUCGGCAGAUGUCUGGAGCACAAAUCAAAAUUGGCAGUGCCAUGGAGGGGUCAGCAGAACGACAGAUCACCAUCACCGGAAGCCCAGCUAAUAUAAGCCUUGCACAGUAUCUGAUCAAUGCCAGGUGA